AUGACGACCAACAAACUUCAAGUAUUCAAAUUUGGUGACGGGGUCUGGGACCCGAGCCAUCGGUUUGUUACUUCGUGGUUGUUAUCUCCAUGGGCGCUUUUUGCUGUUAGAGCUUCAAUUUCCCUCUAUGCAUUUUUCGUCCUUUUCUUCGCCAUCUUUUGGGAAAUAGCUCGAUUACCCAACGGAGGCGCAACCGCCCGAUUUAGCUUCUCUUAUUUCACCAUUCUCUGCUACUGGGGCAUAUCCUUCUACUUCUUCUUCGCAGCCCUACACACCUUCACCUACGCGCGCAGCGGCAUCCCGCUCCUCGCGCGCUUUCCACGCCCUCUCCAAGCCCUGCACUCCCUCUACUACAGCACCAUCAUCUGCUACCCCAUCCUCGUCACCAUCGUCUUCUGGGGCGUCAUCUUCCGGGUCUCGGUCCCCGUCGGCUGGUUCCCCACCGCCUUCGAUGCCUGGUCCAACAUCUCCGAACACGGCCUCAACUCCCUCUUCGCCCUCUUCGAAAUCUGCAUCCCGCGCACCGCAUCUCCGCCGUGGAUGCACCUCCUCUGGCUCAUCGUCAUCCUCGCUUGUUAUCUGGGUCUGGCCUAUGUAACCGUGGCCACGAAACAUCAAUACGUGUAUUCGUUCUUAAACCCGAAAGUUGCGCAGCAUGGCAUGGUGGCCGCGUACGUAUUUGGCAUUGCGGUGGGCAUCUGUCUGAUUUUCGCGGUGGUGAAGGGCGCGGUUAGUUUGCGAGUCUGGGUCACGGAGACGCGAGGGGGGAGGAGGGGAAAAUUUGCAAAGGUCGGGGAGCUGCAGAUUGCGGAUGUGGAAAUGCAGAGGUUUGAGGGGAAGGCUUGA